UAACUGAAACAGCUUAUAGAGAGCCUUUUAACUCUAAUCUAAAACUCUAAAAAAUGUGUGCACUUAUCCCUUCAUUAUUUCCCAGUUUCGGCUGGCCUUGCGGAGAUCAUAGCUUCUACGAAAACGACGACCUAACGAACGCGUUUCUUGAUUUUCCAUUGCCGGACUUGACGGUGGCUCAUCAGAAUGUGUUGCCGGAGAAAAAUAGAACAUUACUAGACAAUCCCGUGGUGAUGAGGAAGCUUAAUCACAACGCCAGCGAGCGUGAUCGUCGCAAGAAGAUCAACUCAAUGUUCUCGUCUCUUCGUUCUCGUCUUCCGCCUAGCAAUCAAUCGAAGAAGUUAAGUGUUUCCGCAACAGUUUCACAGGCACUGAAGUACAUACCAGAGCUGCAAGAGCAAGUUAAGAAGCUCAUAAAGAUGAAGGAAGAGCUGUCGUAUCAAAUCUCGGGUCAAAGAGAUCUCGUUCACACCGAGCAAAAUGGUAAGCCAGAGAAAGGGGUCACAAGUUAUAGAUCAGCAGUUUCUGCGACUAGGCUCGGUGAGACCGAAGUGAUGGUUCAAAUAUCAUCGUUAGAGACUGGCAAUUUUUCGUUUGGGAAUGUGUUGAGCGGUGUAGAGGAAGAUGGGUUGGUUAUUGUGGAUGCUUCUUCUUCAAGGUCUCAAGGAGAGCGACUCUUUUAUACCUUGCAUCUUCGGAUGGAUAGUUGCAAGCUAAAUUCCGAAGAGCUAAGUGAUAGGCUGUGUUUCUUGUACGAGAAAUGUGACAAUUCAUGUAAAUGAUCAAUAAUAAAUGAUGCCAUUUGUUCGUUUUC